AUGCUAGAUGCAUUGGUCUCCCGUUCAACGACUUCUAGACCCGAAUUCGGACACUUGGCCUAUUAUGGCGAUCUACCCGAAUUGUCAAAUAUUCAAUUGGGACGUCUUCUGACCAAAACAGCUACUCAAGUUUCAACAGCAGCAGCAGCAAAACCUAUACAAACACGUUCACACUCUCAGCAACCACCACCUCCCCUACUGCCCUUGACUUUGGCUACCACAGCUAUAGCAACAGCCACUGCUGCGGCUACUGGUCAGCCUAAGGCUACGAAAGAAAAAGAAAGCAAUAAAAUGGCUUCAACAGUAGUUAAACCCAUGGCCACGCUAUCAAAUAUAGCUGCCCCUAACCCUGCACAGGGAAUUGUUAAAAAAAUCAAAGUUCUUAAGAGAGAAGACAAAGUUUUGGUGAAAAGAAACUCAGAAAUCGAACAAAAACCAAAAGUUUUGGUGAAAAGAAACUCGGAAACCGAACAAAAGCGACCUGGUACUACGGAAUGGGAGAAGUUUGCCGAUAUGUUGGCACAAGUUAGAAAAUUUAAUCCUCAAGAUGCUCUCAGACGUGGAGGGACCUUUUCGAAAUUUGGCACCGGUAAUGGUAGACCCUCUUAUUUCGGACAUCACACACGUAGUGGCUUAGAUGAUGAUAGCAGCGACACCACCUCCAAUUUCCGAGGCAGUCCCAUAAAUUCUCAACGUUCUAGCGCUAGGGCAGGUGGUAGAGUGCAACGUUUACCCAAUCGUCCCAAUACCGGUAAUCAUCGUAAAAAUCAUCAUGAAUUUUCCUCAAACAAUGCUGGCGGUAGGUUUGCUAAUAAAACACGACGCAAUAGCAAUGUCAGCUCAUCGUCUGGAAGAAAAUUUGAUUUUAAUCCUACGCGAUCACGAUUAAAUGAACUCGUUAAAACCGUAAGUUCUUCUCCUCUUACAGCUAAAUCUCUUUUACAGACCACCAUCACACAAAAAUCCUCUGCACCAUCGUACUAUCAAACAUAUGAGAGUGUUAAAUCUCCUGCAAACAUGAGAUCACAUCACUCUCGUAACGAUACGAGAAAUUUGCCUCCCUUGGAUUCAAUAGAGCAUAAUCAUUACCACCAUCACAAACAACAGCAACAACAACACCUUAGAUCUGAUUAUGCUCUUACCUCCUCGGCCUAUGAUCAACACCACCACCACCAACCACAUCACACCGGCAGUAGUAUGCCUUUGCAAAGUGAUGCCUAUAGUAAUGAUCCUACCUCUCUACUAAUCCGUCAAUCUUCCAACACUUCUCUCUUCAGUAAUAGCUCUUAUGUGGAUAAUUUACAUUCAUCAUACAAAUCCACCACUCAACUGGAUGUGAUGUCAUUAAACCCACCGGUUAAGAAUACCUCAUCGUUCUUAUCUACACCGCGUACUUCACCGUUUAGUAUAAGAAAAUCCUAUACGGAUCUUUAUUUUACAACAUCUAGUAAUAAGGAGAAUACUAAACCAUGUGCUACGUCAUCAGAGUUGUGUUCAAGGGAUAAAAGUCCCUAUAAAGUGCGUAAACGCUGUGAUUCUGAAAAUCUUAGUUUUAUAUGA